AUGAUGCUCGUGCCGACGGUCGCUCGAGCGCUUGCUCCGGCGCUUCCGUUGCGGCCAGCUGCUGUCUCGCCACCAGCAUAUGCCAUCCCGUCUCACCCGUGCCUUCAACGCGUCCACGGUGAGCCGGCGCCCGUCUACAUCAUCCCAGACUUUCUGAGCGGCGACGAAUGCGAGGCCCUGAUCGACGCGUGCGGCACCCUGCCAGAGGUGCGAUAUAUCGAGCACGAAGAGAAGAAAUUCUCAAUCGGCUGGCUCAAAGCCGCCCCCAGUCUGUCACUGCUCGCUCUUGCUAGCGCGACUGCCCUCUCUCUCGGGGCAGGCUACUCUCCGUCGGAGGCUCUGCUUGCUACCAGCGGUGCCGUCACAGGCGUAUGCGGUCUUGCGCACGGUGUAUCGACACUCGUCGCGAACAGCGACAGGGUGCAGAUCUUCACCGGCACCAAAUGGGACGCCUCUGGCCACCACGCGGAGAAGCUCUUCCUCGCUCGAGCCGGCGCGCUCUUCGGCCACAUGCCUCGCGACCGCUUUGAGCCGGUGACCGUCACGCGGUACAAAGAGGGAGAGUAUCAGCGCAAGCACGUCGACGCCAGGCUCGACGCGAUGCGGGACGAGGCCUUCGGCUCGACCGGCCUCGGUCAGCGCAUCGCGCAGGUCAUCGUCUAUCUCCGAUCGCCCGAAGCCGGCGGAGAGACGGCUUUCCACGGGGACGCCUUUAGCGAGUGGCGUCCUCGGGCGGAGGUUCAGCCUGUGGCGGGCCAGGCCCUCGUCUUCCCGACGGCAACGCUCGAUGGCGUGCCGGACGAGAGGUACGUGCACAGCGGCGAGGCGGUGAAGCGCGGAGAGAAGUGGAUCGUGGGCACGUGGCUCGACGCAGCGCCUCCGACGCUCUUCCAAGAGAUCAUGGCCCAGUGGGAGUGGCUGCAGCAGGCGCACGACUAUGUCGUGGCGAUGCCCGCGCUGCGCGAGCGCGUCAGCUCCUUCCGCAAGUCGGCGUGGGAGUUCACGUCGACGGCAAAGGCAGCCGCGCCCGCGCGCCGAAGCCUCGGCCGCACCCUUUGCAGCCACUGGGCCGCGCUGCUCGCCUUCCGGCUGCUGCAGGCGCACGACCAGCUGAGCGCGAUUGCCCCACUGGCUGACAUUAGCCUCCCUGCACCGUCGCUUCAGCUCGGCGACGGAGAGGGAGGCGGAGAGCUCCUUCGUGGCGCACGACCAUACUGGCUGACGACUGGGCACGGGACUGGCUCGCACUGGCACUAA